AUGCCCGAGACAUACGACCACGAUGAUCUCCGAGGCUUUGGUGCGACGGACAAGCCUCCCGCAAGCGAUGGAUAUGAUGGCCACACCAACGCAAACGACAUGGCUGAGUUGAUGAACCAGCUAGAUCAAAAGAAGUUCGCUGUACAUGGCGAAGACAGAGGUGGUACAUAUGCAUUCUGCCUCGCCGGCUUGUAUCCCGACAGAGUGACACAUCUCAGCUUCUGCGAAAUGAUGCUUUCUGAAAAGCUGACGGAGCAAUCAUUCUUCACUCGCGACAACAUCAGUGCACAAUACAACCAAAAGGGUGUUUGGAAUUGGCACAUUCCUUUCUUUUGGAUGCCACAUGUGCCUGAGAUGUUGAUUCAGGGGAAAGAAGAGGAGUUCUGGACGCACUUCAUGAAGGCCGAAUGCUACAAUCCUAGUGCCUUGGACCAGGUUGCUGUGAAUGAGUGGGUUCGAUGUUCGAAAGCACCGGGUGGUUUGCGAGGUAUACUCGAAACGUAUAGAAGCCACUGGGUAAAUGUGGACGUGGAGAAGGAGAUCUUGGAUAAGGGAAAAUUGAAGUGUAAGGUCAUGACUGUCGGAGCGCCAGAGUGA